AUGGAUUGAAAUAUUGUGGACGUAAUUACGAGACGAACCCUUAGAUGCGUGACUAGUCUUCAGGCUUUCCGUUUCCGUUGAAAACAAAUCAAUUGAUUGUCUCUUUCAUUGUCACCACUUAUUGCCAUCAAAUGAGGCCGUACGCACUGCACGGUCACGAGAGGGCCAUCACUCAGAUCAAGUACAACCGAGAGGGGGAUCUGUUGUUCUCGUCGUCCAAAGACAGUACACCCAACGUGUGGUACACUAUAAAUGGCGAGCGUUUGGGCACUUUUGACGGCCACAACGGCGCCGUCUGGUCUAUCGAUCCCAAUUGGGACACCACGAGAGUGGUCACCGGCGGCGGUGACUCGACUUUACGCGUUUGGGACACUGAGACCGGCAAAGAGUUGAACACUAUUAAGACCCACACGAGUGUGCGGUCGUGUAGUUUCUCGUAUUGCGGCAAAUUGAUCCUUUACACCACCGAUCAGGCCAUGAAAAUGAUGCCCGAACUCCAUGUGAUCGACACGACCAGCGGUGAGCACAUGCAGGGACUCUCCACUGUCAUGUCCAUCAAAGAGCUGGGAAUGACUAAAGUGACGUCCAGUCUGUGGGGACCGUUGGACGAGUCGAUCAUCACUGGCCACGAAAGCGGACAUAUUGUCAAUUGGGAUGUCAGGAAACCUAAGAAUAAGCUGAAGGAUGUGUUCGUUCAUAAAUAUCAAAUCAAUGAUCUUCAGUAUAACAAAGACCAGACUUUAUUUAUCUCUGCGUCCAAAGACAACACCGCAAAGUUGUUUGACACGAACACAUUGGAACACAUCAAGACAUAUAAAACUGAACGACCGGUUAAUUCGGCGGCCAUUUCGCCGAUCAGAGACCACGUGGUGUUGGGCGGCGGUCAGGAGGCGAUGGAAGUGACGACAACGUCGGCGCGUUCGGGCAAAUUCGAGGCCAGAUUUUACCACUUGAUCUUCGAGGAAGAGUUCGGUCGAGUGAAGGGUCACUUCGGUCCCAUCCAAUCGGUGGCCUUCCAUCCCGACGGCAAGAGUUUCAGCAGCGGUGGUGAAGACGGUUACGUCCGCAUCCAGUCCUUUGAUUCUCCAUAUUAUGACUUCAAGAUUGAGUGUUAAUUUGAUUUAGUUUUAUAUUUAUAUAAUUAAUUGCUUUCGGUUCUGAUUGACUAUAAUUUGUAAACUCGUGUCAAGAAUUCAAUUAUUGUUGAGUUUAAGAGUUUUUUUUAAUAAAAAGUAUUUUUUCACAA